UUUGUAGGUCAUUUGAUUUGGCGUAUUAAGGAUUAUUCCAAAAAAUUGGAGGAAGCAAAACAAUAUGACACAAUACUACAUAGUGCCAUGUUUUCCAAUAAACCAUAUGGUUAUGCAUUACGUUUGGAUAUACAUCUUAAUGGUAAAGGAACUUGGAAAGGUCGUAAUAUGAUUGCUUGUUUAAAUGUGAUUGCUGGUGAAUUUGAUCCACUUCUUACAUGGCCUUGUCGUCUGCAGGCUGAUGUAGUUAUACGUGAUCAAAACUAUAAUCAGGCAGAACAGCAGGACUAUGUCAAAACCAUACAAGUGCGCAAGAAAAACGACGAAUAUUUCUUAACAAAUCAAUAUUUUCAUAUUCCACAUAAAGUAAUUGCAAGUCGUAAUUACUUGCGAAAUGAUUGCUUAUUUGUGGAAGUUAGAGUGCUAAAAUGACAAUUUCAUAUAUAACACAA